AAAAAAAAAAAGGAAAAAAAGAAAUCAAUGAAUUUCUUGGAAUUUCCUCUUUACUAUCAUCAACAACCCCAAAAACACGGGGAAUACAAUCUUUACGAAUCGAUCCAAUGUUUGCCUCUUCUGAGCAGGCUAACCGAGAGAAAAGAAGUGAAGGAAGAGGAAAAAGAGGACGAACAAGGAGAAAAGGUCGGGGGAAAUAAUUUCUUGGGAGUUGAAAACGACAAGGCCGAAAAUGUGGCUGUGGCUUUGCACAUAGGGUUGCCUGAUAUAGGAGAUAUCGAAAUGGAUCGUGAUCGGCAAAAGCAUUAUCAUGAGCAGGAGGAAAAAGGAGAUAUUGUGACCACAAAAAGUUCUUCUAAUGAAUGCAAUUAUAAUAAGGAGAGGAGGUUUUGGAUCCCAACACCAGCUCAGAUUCUUGUCGGGCCUAUGCAGUUUUCUUGCGACAUAUGUAACAAGACCUUCAAUAGGUACAAUAACAUGCAGAUGCACAUGUGGGGCCACGGGUCAGAGUUCCGGAAGGGUCCAGAGUCUCUGAGGGGCAGCCAGCCGGCAGCCAUGCUGCGGUUGCCAUGCUACUGCUGCGCUCAGGGCUGCAAGAACAACAUAAACAACCCGCGCGCACGCCCACUCAAGGACUUCCGCACCCUCCAAACCCACUACAAGCGCAAGCACGGGGCUCGGCCCUUUGCCUGCCGCCGCAAGUCGUGCGGAAAGACCUUUGCCGUGAAAGGCGACUGGCGCACGCACGAGAAGAACUGCGGGAAACUAUGGUUCUGCAUCUGUGGCUCUGACUUCAAGCACAAGCGCUCUCUCAAGGAUCAUGUCCGCUCCUUCGGGAAAGGCCACUCUCCCCAUCCUUCCCUCGAGGACGAGAGAGAUUGUUCCAUCACGCCCGGCUCUGAAGACGAGCCUUGACUUUUUUAUUUUUAUUUUUACAUAUAAAAAAUUAAAAUCUUAAUUAAUAUCGUAUUUCGUAAGUGUGUGCACAAGCGAGUGCUCGGUAGCAAAAAGUUCCCUUACCUAAUGCGUGGGAUUCGUUGUUCUGUAUUCUGAAUGUUAUCAGCACACGCGAGUUGAGUUGAGCUGAUAAUAUUCAGAAUAGGGAGAGACACGCUGGGAACAGUUUGCUAUGGAGCACCAUGAGUUAAUAAUUAGGUGGUUUAAUUUUAGUGUUGGUGGUGGUUAAGAGGUUUGCAGAUUUGGUGUUUUGUGUGUUUGGAAUAAGAGGAGAUUAAUUAAUACGUAAUGUGUAACUUGUGGAGCUGAUGAAUUUUCUUCCUUGUGUUUUGGGUUUGUUGUGGAGCCUAACUAGGAGUCGAGGAAGAAAAUUUGUCAGCUUUUGAGUUGUGCGGUGUUUUCUAGUGAAUACUGAUCUUGUUUUCCAUCUUUGCAUUUGCUUUAUUACUGUGUACUUUGCGCCUUUAUAUAUAGAUGGUUAACUUUGAC